GAACAAUAAGAAGAAGAUGAAGAAGAAGAAGAAGAAGAAGAAGAAGAAGAAGAAGAAGAAGAAGAAGAAGAAGAAUCCCAUCUUCUGUUUCCUGUCAUUAUCAUCAUUCCAUCUUCCUUCCUUCCAAUCCAAAAUAUCUUACCAGACCUCGAAUUCGCCGGAAUUAAUGGCUCCUCACAUCCAAAUCGCAUUUUUCUCCAUAGCCCUUUUCGCUCUUCUUUCUAAUUCCUCUUCUUCACUCACAAAAACCAGUGCCAACACCAUCAACAAAUGGUGCAAUACGACGCCGCAUCCUAAGGUUUGCAUUUUCUUCAUGUCACCCCUCAAAUCUCCACCCCAAAAUCGACUCCAGUUUAGGAAAUUGGCGAUCAAAACCACGUUGGAAGGAGCCGCCAAGGCUCAAAAUUACGUGUCCCGAUUCGGUCCCACCUGUAAAACCACUCGCCAGAGAGCCGCUUGGACCGAUUGCUUCAACCUCUAUAACGAUACCGUUUUUCAAUUAAACCGUACUAUCCAAUGUCUCGACGCUGGUACUCGCCUCCGGCAUUGUACGGAUUUCGAUGCGCAAACUUGGCUCAGUUCUGCUCUCACUAACAUCGAUAUGUGCAGCUCCGGCGCGGCGGAUCUCAAUGUCACGGAUUUUAUUACUCCCAUCAAAUGUCAGAAUGUUUCCAAGAUGAUUAGCAAUUGUUUGGCCAUUAAUGGGAGAUUCUUAGAGGAAGAGACUAAAAGCAGAACAACGGGAACAGAGGAAUAUCAAAAUGGGUUUCCCACAUGGCUUUCCACUGGUGAUCGGAAAUUGUUGCAGUCGGCGAGGGUUAGAGCUCAUUUGGUGGUGGCGAAAGAUGGGUCUGGCAAAUUUAGGACGGUUCAGGCGGCAAUCAACGCCGCCGCGAGAAGGCGUGGGAGAAGCCGCUUUGUAAUUUACAUAAAGCGUGGGGUUUAUAAAGAAAACAUUGAAGUUGGGAAUGAUAAUGCGAAUAUAAUGCUGGUCGGAGAUGGGAUUAGAUUUACCGUGAUUACAAGCGGAAGAAGCGUCGCUGCCGGCUUCACCACCUUCAAUUCUGCAACCGCAGGUAUCCAAGGUCCAGGGUUCAUGGCUCGAGGCAUAAGGUUUGUGAACACAGCCGGACCAAGAAUGGGGCAAGCAGUGGCACUACGGUCAUCAUCGGACCUAUCGGUGUUCCAUCGGUGCAGCUUCGAGGGCUACCAAGACACACUCAUGGUGCUGUCACAGAGACAAUUCUACAAGCAAUGCUACGUAUACGGUACAAUCGACUUCAUUUUUGGGAACGCGGCAGUGGUUCUACAAAACUGCUUGAUUUACGUGCGAAGGCCUUUAAAGGGGCAAGUGAACGUGAUCACCGCGCAGGGCCGAGAGGACCCAUUUCAGAACAGCGGAAUCUCGAUCCACAACUCGCAAAUACGGGCGGCGGCUGAUUUGCAGCCCAUGAUUGGGUCUGUGAAGACGUACUUGGGGCGGCCCUGGAAGAAGUACUCGCGGACCGUCAUCAUGAGAAGCUAUAUUGAUAGCUUGGUGAGCCCAAUGGGUUGGUUGGCGUGGCAAGGUACUAGAUUUGCUCAAGAUACGUUGUAUUAUGGGGAGUAUCGUAACUUUGGGCCCAGAGCCUCCACCCGGCUUCGAGUCAGAUGGCCUGGUUUUCAUGCCAUUACAACCCGAAAUGUGGCCUCUAAGUUCACCGUCCGGAGACUCAUCGCCGGCCAUACUUGGCUUCCGGCCACUGGAGUUCCCUUCAAGCUUGACCUCUGAUCUCCAUUUCUUACAUUUUAUCACUUCCAUCUCAUUUUUAUUUAUGUAAUAAACUAUCUGAUUGCA